AUGGAGCUUCCUGUUUUGCAGAAUGUGCAGGUUCAAGAUGUACAGAUUAAGAAAAGUUUUGCAUCCAGAGAGGAAUCUCUGAAAGAAAUGGGCAGUCUAAGGGAAAUACUAGAACAGCAUCCUCUUCAUUUUUCUUUCCAUGAUGGGAAAGUUCUGAAGCUCUGUCCUGUGAGGAGUGAGCAGACCUGGGCACUGAACAUCAAGCGAGGCAUUCUCAGUGUCCUGCAGACAGCUCAAGAAUUCCCUGUUGGUGCCAUUGUUGAGGAGGUGGAUGUCCUGGGAAUAUGCCCAACCAGGUAUCAACAAAAGGGUCCCAUUCUUGUAAAGACAAAGGACUUAAACCUCUGCUCCCAUCGCUCUUCUGGUUUGACUUCUGUGCAGUCUGUUGUUCUUCCUCAUGCAUCGUCUGAACAGCAGAUCCUGUCCUCCCAGCUGGAAUGUGCCCAGAGCAUUAAGGAUGGGGUCCUGGAGGAGGCCAAAUGCACCGAGUCCGACCGUGUGACGCUGUUCCCUCAGCAGGGCAGUGGGGCAGAGACACAGACACAGUCUGCACUGAAACUCUUGCAAGUGGAAACAGAGACACUCUACCAUAAAGGGUACUCUGAGGAUCUGUAUGUGACCAGCAUUCUCUAUGAAAGGGAGGUAACUAAGAGGGAGGUCACUGGGGCAGAAGUGACUGAACUGGUGUGGAAGCUUUGCUUAGCACACAGUGCAAGUUACCAGGCUGCAGACCUUUUCAUGACUCUCGUAUUUGAGCUUCGACAUCUUUCUCUUGAGGCCUUAAGAGCACUAUGGCAAAGAUCAUCAUUUAAGUGCAGAGACAACUGGCAACCAUUAAUAGAUGCUCUCCCAUCUUGUGCGACAGAAGCAUGUGUUGUCCUAAUGAAAGACCUCAUAGCUUCUGGAGAAGUUGAGGAAGACAAAGUAGAAUAUUUCUUUUGGUCAUUUACAUUCAUUCCUAAUCCCACCUCGGGCAUGAUUGAAUCUCUUGCUCCUUUGCUGAAGUCACCUAGAGCAAGCCAGAGCUGCUUCUUGGGAGUAACAGCUCUUGUACAUAGGUUUUGUUCAGCUCACAGCUCCUGUGAUAUUGUACCUGCUGUGCAGAGUGUGAUGAGGAUUCUUGGGAAAUUUUUGGGAGGAAACUGUACUGUGCAAGAUUCAGAACAUGUCAGCAAGAUGCAGCUGGUGUUGAAAGCCAUUGGAAAUGCAGGACUGGCAGCAGCUUCGCUGACUCCUGCUCUGAGAUCCUGUGCUGCCCUGAAGACCCAUCCCAUGGAAAUCCGCCUUGCUGCUGUCCAGGCCUUCCGGCGCAUUCCCUGCCCUGUCAGGAAUGCUAUAUUACUUCAGUUUUAUCAAGCAACCAGUGAAGAUGUGGAAAUAAGAAUUGCUGCUUAUUAUAUAGUAAUGAAAUGUCCGCAGGAAGAGUUAUUUAAACAAGUACAAAACACUUUGCUGAAAGAAACAUCCAGCCAAGUGGGCUCCUUUGUUUGGAGUCAUCUCUCUCAGCUCCUGGAGACGGAUGAUCCGUUGAAGGAGCACCUUCGAGAUUCUAUUCCUGAUGAAAUUCUUAGCAAAGAUUUUGACUGGGAGACAUGGAAAUAUUCCUCAUACUCUGAUGUCACAUUUCACUCAGCUGGUGCAGGUGCAAAUAUGGAAGCAUCAGUGGUCUUUUCUCCUACAUCUUUUCUACCACGAUCAGUCAUGACAAAUUUGACUGUUCACUUUAUGGGACAGGCUAUAAAUCUCCUGGAGGUUGGUGUACGAUUGGAGAAUGCUGAAACUCUUAUAGAGAGGCAUUUUGGGCCGAAAUCUUCUACUUUCAGUGACUAUUUUUUUGGAAACACUAAUGAAGGAAACCACAAAGCAGAAACCCCAGUGGAAACAGCAGAGAAAGUCAAGCAGAGGAACCCAACAUUGAAGCGAUACAGCCCCACUGAUCAUCUUGUGAGCAAGUCUGGCAAGCCAAAGCUGAGAAAAACUAACCAAAAUUGUCUUGGUAGAAAAUACAGUAAGAUGAAUGAGUUAGUCAAAAAGUUCACUGAGAGAACAGUAAGAAAGAAGGCGCUGAAAUGUGAGCUAAGCAUGAAAAUCUUUGGAAAUGAACUUAGCUUCUUAGACUGUGAAGAUUUAAGAAAACAUAUGAAACGUUAUUCCUUAAAUCUGGCUGAGUUGGCUGUCAAACUUCUGAAGGGGCAGGAGAUUCAGUUUAAUAAAAGGACGAGUUUGGCCACUGAAGAACUGCAGUUUCCAGCAAUUUCAGGCUUUCCUAUUCAACUGGCAAUCAAUGCCUCAGCAGCAAUCAACAUAAAAAUCAAAGGGAAUGCAGAUUUCAAACAGCAGUCCAAUUUCUUUCUAAAUGGAUAUAUCAAGCCAAGUGCAUUUGUCCAGCUUUCUGUCCAAAUGGGAAUUGUGGGGACUCUGGGACAAGCUGGCCUAAAGUGGUUAACAGGAGUGAGAACAUCUACUAGUCUUGAUGGGGGAAUCCAGGUGAAGAAAGGGAAAGAGCUCAAAGUUUUCUUGAACACUCCAGAAGAAUCUAUGGAGAUAAUUAAUUUCAGCUCUAAACUCUACUUCAGAAUGGUGGAUGAGACAGAAGAUAUAGAUGUCUUCCAAGAUCACACAGAAACCAGAUCUUGCACUAGGGAGGAAGUGUCUGAGAUUAUUGGCUGGCAGCUGUGUUCUGAAAUGUCCUAUCCUGACCCAGCCAGUGAUUUGGUUUUCCCCCUCACUGGACCUUUGAGAGUGGCUGUGACAUUAACUAAGCAAGACAGAGGCCUGCAGCAGUAUGUGGUGGAAGCUGCCUAUGACUGUAUAGCUCAGGAGAAUUCAUGGAUCCCAAGUGAAGCUGUCUUUCACUUCUUUGUUGGGACUCCAAAGUCAGACUUGGAAAGAGAUAUUGGUGUUGACAUAAGUUUUAGUGUCCCACAGAAGAAAUUCAGAAUCCAAUUUAUACAACCUAAGAAAAAAAUUGAGAUGGAUGGGAGGAUUGAGUUUUCUAAAAGUUCCCAAGUUGGACACCUGGAACUGAUAGUGGAUGACCAAGAUGUGUAUUACAUUAAGGGAAUGGCAGAUUUGCAGAUGCUGAGUGGAGAGCAGAGAUACAUGACCCAGCUGGAGGUAAAGCUGAUAAAGCAAAGCAGUCCUAUCAUUUUGUCAGGAAACAUCACUAAACAGCUUGGCAAGAAGAUAGCUUUUUCAGUAUCUUUGAAUAAUUUGUUGAAGGAUGCUGCAUUUCUUUCAGCACUUCUGGAGAAAAAGGUCGAUGAUAAGCUGAGACAGUACUCAUUGGAAGGGGAGGCUCACCUUCCAGGUGUUCUUGGAGUUAAAGCUGUCGCUCUUCUCCAGCAGCGUGAGGGAUUGUGGUCUCAUGGUCUGCGGAUAAAAUAUGGACUCCUAGGAGAGGCAAAAACCCCUUGCCACGAGUGCAGUACACAGCAGAAAGUUCAAGUGGAGCUGGGUGCACAGGGCUUGUACAGACUGGAGCUGGACCAUCAGUUUCACUGUGUGCAGGCUCCUACCUACAGCCACCAGAUGGAACUGAACUAUGGGAAACACUGGGAUGAAAUAAACAACAAGAAGAAACUGCUGAUCAGCCAAGCCUUAAAGAACAGUUCCAGUUCAUCUGUAGUCAGCUAUUUCAUGGAGUUUACCAUGCAAGUCCUGGAAAAACAGGUGAAUUAUAGAACCCAGCUGCAGCACUUGCACACCUCUCAGGUGUAUUUGCAGAGCAGCACCAACUUUGAGGUGCAGUAUAAUGACCAUGUACCAUUUGUGGCUGGGCUGCACUGGAAGGAUGCAUCCAGAAAUGGCCUGAAGAAGUGGGAAGGUGGGCUCAAUAUAGACACCCCAUGGCUCUAUCUGUACACAGCUCACAAACUGCACCAGCCUCAGCAUUCUGCUUAUUUACUGACAUCUGAGCUGACAGCUGGAAAAGCUCUCUCCAUUAAAAACCUUGUACUGGAACUAUUCUAUAAAGAUCAAGACAAUGAGAAGGAAGGAAAAGUUCACAUUUACACACCAGCUACCACAUACCUGCAGGUCACUACUGCUUCAGGCAUAGCCAUGGAGGAAUGUUGCAGUGUAAAUCUAGAUUCAAAAAGAAAACAAAAACUUGUGUGGAAUAGUUUGGAGUACUUCUCUCCUAUUAGGGAGCCCAGACAGUCAGCCAGGGAGGAGAGGGUGAAGACAGACAGCUUGACUAGAAAUAGAGCUGAAGAUGUGAUUACUCACAACUUCAUGCAGAUGUAUGAGAGGCAUCCUUUUAAAGUGCCCUUUCUGCAGAGCUUCCUUCUGCAGGAGACAUUUACUGUUGACAAAAAGCAAAAGCAUUAUUUCAUGGAAACAAAAGUUUUGAUAAAUGGGGUGGAGGAAACAGUUCAGACUCUUAUACUUGGCUACCAACCUGAAAACCCCUAUAUUUGUGCUGGCUUAACUCAUCCUUAUAACUACAGGAUGUUUCCCAAAGAUGUUGAAAUGUGCAUUUUAACUCUAAGUCAUCAAAGUGUGAAGUAUGAGCUUGAGACUGUCUUAAAAGUGAAUAAGGAAGAUGUUCUCAGUUUUCUAGGGAGGUAUCAGGACAAAUCCAGUGAGGCAGAUUUUAGAUAUCUUUUACACAUGGAUGUGACACACUCAUUCCAGCUGGUGUUUCCACAAGCAAUGGGCCUAAGUGGGGAGCUGUUUUCCAGGAAGACUAAACUGGAACACUUUGACAGUGGUGUGAGUGUAAAAGUCAUCAUCAACAAGAACGUGUCUUCACAGGUGCAGGCUCAGGCAGCCCUGAAGAGUUAUGGUGAAAACAAUGUCAAUGGCUCCCUUCACCUUCAUUCCAAUGGAAGGGAAAUGCUGAUGCUGGAGGUUGAUGUGAACAAUGAAAACAGGAGGAAUGCCAGAACUGUUGAACUGAGGGCUUUUCUCCAUCAGACAAUCCUGACAAAUCCAGAAUCAGUACAGUUCCAGCUCAUGGUCAAAAUAUUUCCAUCAAGACUUCUGUUGUCUUCUGACUUGAAGCUUAAUGAAAAUAGGCUUCACGUGGAUUUCAUGGGAGCCAGGGAGCAGAAAGUUGGUUUUGUUUUGUCUCUAAAUGGAAGAGUCCAACACACUUUUACUGGAUUAAAGGCCAUACCUCAUCUCCUUUCUCUGGAUGGAUUACUGAAGUGCAAAAACAACGUUCACAAUGGUAACAUCAAUGUGAUGGUCAACAAAAGACUGUAUGGACUGCAUGUCAGGAACAGGAAUGUGUUUGGGAAUACCACUGUGCACAAUAUCACUGUUGCCAUCAUACAGAAUGGCAGUCAGGCAGUCCCAGUGGAGGCACGACUGAAAGGACACCUGGAGCUGAGUCAAGAGAAGAAAAGGGGGCUAGCUAGCUUCCAGGUGGAUGAGAAGGCUCUUUCUGUAGAGUUUUUCAAUAUCGUGGAUCAUGGGCAUGGCAGAGUCAGUGGGACUUUCACACAUAAUGUCGACUUCUUAAAAAAUGCAGGUAGGAAGGAAAUUUGA